AUGAAGUCCGUCACCAUGAUGCGUCGUGCCGUUGUUCCUUGCGUGAAAAGGGGCGUUUUCAGGAGUUCUGUGCUUGCUGUUCGUCAUAACUCAACCGCAGCCGCAGAGCCAGCUUCCCAGGCACAGGUUGACCCAAAGAUCUCCUCCAUAGUCGAUCAGAUUUCCACCUUGACAUUGUUAGAAACGUCUUCAUUGGUCAGUGAGUUGAAGACGAGACUCAACAUCUCCGACAUUGCACUUCCAGCCGCCGGGGCCGCCGCUCCUGCAGCAGCAGCAGCUCCAGCUGAGGAAGAGGUGAAGGAAGAGGUUGAAGAAAAGACCAUCUUUGCCAUCAAAUUGGAGUCAUUUGACCCUAAAUCCAAACCAAAGGUUAUCAAGGAGGUUAAGAGUAUGUUGGGCUUGUCAUUGGUGGAGUCCAAGAAAUUUGUUGAGGCUGCUCCAAAGGUGUUGAAGGACAAUGUUGCCAAGGAAGAUGCCGAAAAGAUCAAGAGUACGUUGGAGGCAUUGGGAGCAAAGGUGGUUUUGGAGUAG